AUGGCACGGCACCUAGGCCUACCACAGCAAGGAUGUCUUGCGGCUACCGUCGUGGUAUGUCUCGCCCUAUUCAUAGACGCUGUUCCAAGGCCGGUUUUUCACUGCCACGAGCAAUUGCUUCUCGGGAGUCUUGCCGCCGCCUCGAACCGUCUGCGAGGAGAUGUAUCUAGCACCAGCAAUACGCAGCAACCUACCGCUACGACUACAACUUAUAGCCACUCCACUCUCAUCACCAUCAGCGGUUGCGGAUACCACAACGGAACUUCCGCCUCCGUCGGGGGCCUAAAUGGCGGCGCGGCAUGUCUCGGCGGCGGAGACAUCUUCGGAUACUUGAAUCCGGUCGGCUUUAGCAGCAACAGCGGAGCGGUCCAUCGCAUCGAUUCUGGAGAGAAAAUAACGCAGCAUUUUCAUUAUACUCUCCAAAAGGCCUCCAACGGCGACCAGGUCAACAAAGGAACGGGGGGCAGAAAGCCCGAAAGAUCUACCAGCCAGGGCGUAAAAAUGGCCGGCCGCGACCACGCCGCAGGACAGCGUCGUCGAGAACAAAGCAAGUACACGCCACCGCCGGUAGACCGCAUCGCCCACGACUUUUACAAUUUGAACUUCAUCCAACUAGAAAAUCGACAUCUAUUCGGAGCCAUCAUGAAGACCGGAGCCCCUGUUCUAUACCCCAAUGAGAAGGUCGCCGAGAGGGUGACGGAAUACUCUCAAAACCAUUCAACCCCACUUCCAAGUCAUAUCCCCGAAUACCACGCUUGGGUAGACGGGAACCAUGAGAGGUCGGGCUACUUGACUUCCAACUUUCAGUCUCAGCUCCAUGUCCUGCUAUCGCGCCUCAUCGGUGCCAAGAGAGUCCUCGAGGUCGGGGUUUACGUGGGAUACUCUGCGCUCGUCUGGGCCCACGCCGUAGGACCCGAGGGCAAGGUCACCGGCCUCGAGUUUAGCGAGGAAUACGCCAAGUUAGCAGAGAAAACUUUCGAAAAGAACGGUGUCAAGAAUGUUGAGAUCAUAGUUGGCGACGGUCUGGAAACUCUUCCGCAGCUCAACCCGUCGGAACCAUACGACCUAAUCUUCAUUGACGCCCAGAAGUCGGGAUACCCAACCUACCUACAACAAAUCCUCGAAAAGUCUCAGCCCGGGGCUGCGAAUCGCCUCCUCAGGCCCGGUGGCCUAAUCGUCGCUGAUAAUGUUCUUCGGCGCGGAAUCAUUGCCGAUGACAGCUCGGAUAACCCUUGGGUGGCGGAACAGGUCAGGCUUCGUUCAGAAUACGCUGUGAACAACGACAACGAACUUAUUAGGAAGUACAAUGAUGAGGUCGUUAAGAAUCCUCGGCUGGAGGCCUUUUUGUUGCCCUUGUUUGAUGGGGUUAGCAUUGCACGGCUCGUGGAUUGA